UGUAGUCAAAGUUCGCCCUGUAGUCAAACUUGACUUGUCAGAUGGGGGACUGACCAAUGGUUUUGGUCAAUGUCUUGAGUAUCAAACUACGACCGAGCUUUUUUUAGAAUCAAGCCCAUCUGACCGACGUACACGUGAUGCAAAUUCAGGUUUGUCCUAGGGACUUUAACUGCCAAUAAACAUUAGCGAGACGGAACGCAAGAUUUCGACCAAAACAGUUAGUUACUCGGAAUUAUGACCAUAGUCAUAAAGGUAGUCAGUAUAAUUGACAAUCCGGUACUUUAUAUGCUCUGCUACUUAUUAUUAUCACAAAUGCUGUUGAGCUACGAGUAUUAUUAGCAGCACAUCAGUCAGAGAAAUCAAUGAUUUAUAUCGAAUUUCAAGCCACCAUUCCAAACAAAAACCAAUUAAGCGCAUUUUCCCGAUUUUUAUGAUAUUUCCCUAAUUUCCAACAAUUGCCACCGUUCAACCGUCAUGACUUUUUGUGGAUGAUGCAUAGCUCUAAAUGGGCUGCUUACCCGUUCCAAUUGCAGUUUGUAUCAUAAUGCUCAAUUCACAGUUUCAUUGAUACCGUUUCUCAGUAAUAUUCCUAAACUAUGUGAAAACAAAAUUGGCAAAUUUUGAUGGUACCAAUGUAGAAAAAAAAUCAAAGAUUUAGUGCCAAGGAUUUGUGCCUUACAUUCUUGCAGUGAAAUCUGGCAGUAAUUUUCACAUACUGACAGAAAUGGUAGACUUUUUACACUAUACGCAUAAAUAACUAUUCUGUAUUAUUUUAUCAGCCCUCGUAUAAAAAAUACGUCAAAAGUCACUGUCAGUGUCAAGUUUUCAGGAUAGGUUAGGGUAGUGUUGAUAAGUCAAUUUUGCGGUACGGAACUGGUUAAAUUUACUGGAUUUUUGUUUAAAUUGGGAGGAAUACCGGGAUAAAAUUCAUUGUCCGUAGUGGUAUUCCAGACAAACUGUCAGUGCUUUCCUGAAUCUUGAGUGAUAUGAACGUACACGUGUACGGAAUGCACUACUGACCCUAGCUGUUGUUAAACGUGUAAAAUUUCAAAUAUUUUGCUGAUUUAGGUACAUACAGAACAAUGGUAACUAAACAAGGUGUCUUGCUGCUGAUCAUCAUUUAUGUGGUUGUUUGUCAUACAAAAGAAGAAUCUCACAGUGAUAGAGUGUAUAAUAGAGAAGUUAGUGGCAAAGAACACUUUGAAAAUGAGCAUCACAACCCAGAGUAUGACCAUGAGGCCUUUUUGGGGGAGGAAUCAAAAACUUUUGAUCAACUACCCCCUGAAGAAAGUAAAAGAAGACUAGGGAUAAUUGUGGACAAAAUUGACACAAACAAGGAUGGAUUCAUUACGAGAGAAGAACUUAAAGACUGGAUUAGAUAUACCCAAAAGAGAUACAUCACUGAAGAUGUUGACAGGCAAUGGAAGCAAUAUAAUCCUGAAGAAAAACUUACUAUUUCCUGGGACCACUACAGGCAAUUGGUCUAUGGAUUCUUGGACAAUAUGGAUCCAUCAGAAGUAGAACAAGAUACCGAAGGCAUCUCAUAUCGUAACAUGAUGAAAAGGGACCAACGCAGAUGGGCUGUCGCUGAUGCAGAUGGUGAUGGCAAUCUCACAAAAGAGGAAUUUGCUGGAUUUUUGCAUCCAGAAGAGACUGAUCAUAUGAGAGACAUUGUUGUCUUAGAAACCAUGGAGGAUAUUGAUAAGGAUAAGGACGGCAAGGUGUCAUUGAAAGAAUAUAUAGGUGACAUGUACCAUAUGGAGGAAGGAGAGGAAGAACCAGAUUGGGUAAAGAGUGAGAAAGAGCAAUUCAAUAUUUAUAGAGACAAAGAUGGUGAUGGCUUCAUGGAUGAUAAAGAGGUGAAGAACUGGAUUCUUCCAGACGAUUUUGACCAUGCAGAGGCUGAGGCGAGACAUUUGAUCUACGAGGCAGACUCGGAUGCAGAUGAACAACUGACCAAAGAGGAAGUACUGAGCAAGUAUGACCUCUUUGUCGGAUCAAAAGCAACUGAUUUUGGUGAAGCCCUUACCAGGCAUGAUGAAUUUUAGAUGAUGCUUAGGUCUGAUGAUGAACUUAAAUCUGUUGCGUAAAAAUGGCAAAGAGUCACUUUUGAAAAGCUUCUUGAAGUUGAUAAAACUAUAUUACAAAUUAUAUAUAGUUACACAAGUAACUGUCUAAGAACAGUUUUAUGAGAAGAGCUGUUUUUCACGUAUCUAAUGUAUAAUUUUUUUUAUAACUAUUAAAUAGUGCAGUGCCAUGAUAUAAUAUACUUUUUUAUACUAACUGCUGCUAAGAGUUAUUUAUUGUAUACAAAGAAAAAAUGUGCAUACUUGCAUGUUCGAAAAGAUGCCAAAAUAUAUUUAUUUAGGCGAAACGACGCUUUGAUUGUUGUAAGAUUCUUCUACUGCUUUUACUUAAUCAAACAUUCCUCAUUUUUCUACUUGACAUUUUCUCGACAUUUUUUAUACAACUCCAGUAUUAGGCAAAGUUGGCUAUAUGAAUCUCUUUCAAUAACUAUGGAAACUCAUAUUAAUAGUGCAUAUAUACCUACUGCAUAUGUAUUUUUGUAUAUUUUAGUUUUGAAUAAAAUUUUGUGUAACUAA